AUGCGAGAGAAGAAAGUCGCCAUCAUCGGAGCCGGGCCCUCAGGACUUGUCACUGCAAAGACGCUGCUACAUAACUGGCCCCGGGGUACAUACUCACCGACCAUAUUUGACGCCCGCCAUGAAGUCGGAGGCCUAUGGCCCAACCAAUCGCCCGAGGGAAGCGCCCGACAACCCACAGGUUCACCAGGGACGCUAGACCCCUGCAUGAGGACUAAUCUUAGUCGGUUUACGGUGGCAUUCUCUGAUUUAUCGUGGGAAUCUGCUUUGGGCCGGUUGGAUGUUCCGAUGUUUCCACAAGCGAGACAGGUUGGACAAUAUCUGGCUGCCUAUACCAACCGGUAUAUCCCGGCGGAUGUGCUAAGGCUGGGAUAUCGGGUUGUUAGAACGGAACGUUUGGUAGGGGCGGAUGCCUCUCGUAGGUGGAGAGUCUCUUGGAUUAGAGGGAGUACCCAGAAGGACAGCCAAGAAACAACUCAACAAACCAACAAGAUUGAGUCCGAAGAUUUUGACCUGCUUGUUGUUGCGUCCGGCUACUUUUCUCGUCCGUAUGUUCCAGCGCUUCCGGGACUAGAGCAUUUCACGGGUCAAGUCAUCCAUAGCUCAGCACUGGAAAAAGGCCGCAGUUCUCCCACUGCGAAUAAAGAGACUACACCACGAGGACACACUGUCGUGAUAGGCGGGAGUAUGUCAGGAGUCGAAGCCGCAUCUGCGCUCGCCCUGCGGGAAUCUUCAUUGCGCCUUUCGACGGAUCCUGCUUCUGAUAGCGCGCAAAGCGACCACAAGGUUUACCACAUACAUUCCCGGCCGUUCUGGACUUUACCCACCUAUCUCCCUUAUGAGACCUCCGAGCUUACCGUCUCUUUCUUGCCGCUGGAUUUGGUAAUGUAUGACCUGAGUCGCCGGCCACCAGGCCCGAUAGAGUACGGCAUAGGCCCUCUGUCGGAAAAGCAGAUUGCGAAAACAAACGGUUACUUCAGAUCCCUACUUGGCGCCGAGCACGAAAGAUACGGACACUCGCAGAAACAAUUUCCCUCGGCGAAAGCAAAUUCUCAGCCAGAAUGGGUAGCAAUAGGAAAUGAAUACCCAGAAUUUGUCCGAGCUGGAGUGAUACAACCCAUAAUGGGCCGAGUCAGUUCGAUACAUUCGCAGUCUGAUACUGGAAUUGCCUCGAUUGAGAUCGAGACCGAUGAAGGUUACCGCGUUCUGGAGGAUGUGACCUCGAUCGUGAUGGCUACGGGAUUCACGCCAUUUGAUUCACUAUCUUUCUUGCCCGAAGACGUCCUAUCUACCUUGGAGUACACCACUUCCGAUCCAUUUUUACCACUCAUCCUUGAUAAAGGCGGCACGCUACGCUCAGAAAUCCCAGACCUGGGAUUUGUCGGAUUCUACCGCGGUCCCUACUGGGGCGUCAUGGAAAUGCAAGCGAGAUUCCUGGGCAAAGUAUGGGCCGUAGAGCACCCUUAUGCCAUUCAGGCGGAAAGCCAUACCAAGGAUCAGAGAGAAAAUCUUCGAAUUCUAAGACAACCCGAUGCGGAGGUUCACCGUGCACAGUUUCCAAUGGGUGACUACGUGGGAUUAAUGGAGACGUUUGCCAAGGAUCUGAAUAUCGAGCGGAUAGCUUUUUCUGACGAUGAGAGUCCGGCUGGGCCGGUUGUACCUGCUCGGUAUACACAUGAAAAGGACCAUGGCGAGGUACGGUGUUCGUUGGAUAGCUUGCAAAUUAUCUCACAUCAAGAACACCCCAUGUCCCGAGCGGUGGCAUCGCUAGCCGUAUUUAGGGCUUUGCAUGGGAAGUGGACCUUCGCUCGAUUUUCGGAGACUGGACAACGAACAAAGUCGGGCACGGUGGCGUUCAUUCCGAGAUAUCCAUCAGAUCCGAGAUAUGACCGGGAAUAUGUCAUGGAGACGCGCCGAGAUGCACCACCCGCAGGAAACCAAGCCGCGUCAGUUGGGAGGACGGUUUUUGGCCUGUCGGGAGGAAGUACCGGCGAGUUCAAUACUCGAAUUGAAGUACACGAUGUCACCAUAGAUGGAGACAAAGAGGCGCAUCAAUCGGCCUAUUUGUUACAUCUUACACCGUUCUAUCGCAAGCAAGAGAUGGGGGGAUAUGUGAUCUAUGCCAGGGGGCUUCCAGCAAACCCGACUGAGAGACUAAAUGCGCUUGAGGUGAAAUAUACCUUUCAUUUCCAGGGGGUCUCGAUCAUCCAGUGGGAGUGUGAUGGACCAGAAGACAAUGAUGACAUGAAGGAAAGAAUCAACGCCGAGAGUCGACCUAGACUGCGCCGACGAACUGUUUACAAGAGAUAG